UAAGGUUAGGCUAUGGGGACCUGGAUGAAAUUAAAUGCAAUAAUUUUAAACUCUACGAUUAGUAGAUUUGUAAAUGAAAUCGUCACUGUAUGAUCAAACUAUAGAUUUUACUGGGAUGUGCCAUGCUUAAAGAAGAUCUGACUGAUAAUAAAUUGGUGCUGGGAGUAUAUAAACUCUACAACAUCAAGUGAAAUGAAAAACUUUCAACUCUCAAUCGCAGCAUCUCCGAGCCUGAUCAAUACAACAUAGCCUGGACUUAAUCAAAGUUCUAUAAAAGCGCUGACGGUACGCAGCGUUCCGUCUAUUCUUCUUGGACCGCGUACUAUAUGGUGACAUCCAAAGGUUUUUCUACCAUCAACAACGUUUAAAGAGCCCGCCACCAGCACGCAAGAUGUGUUCUUCGUUAGACGAUCGACUGUCGGACAGGCAUGAAUGACCAUCAACAUGUCACACCGUCCGUCCGUUCUGUUUGGCGUGUGUUUGUUCUUCCUCAUCUCAACCCUACCCAUCAAUUCUUUGAAGAACAUCACCAUCGGAUACUUGACUUCGACGAUGUCGGACUUCAGGCUGAUAUCAAUUCAAGGAAGACUGAUAUCGGGUGCGAUAACGCUUGCUGUCAACGAAAUAAACGACGACCUGCUAAUCCCAGGUCACAGGGUCAAUAUGAUAUGGGCGGAUACCAGGGCCAACUCCCUCCUCGCCACGCGCUACUUGGCGGAACAGUGGCGCGAAGGGGCGGUGGCGUUUUUCGGACCGGAAGAAAGUUGCACGGUGGAAGCACGUGUUGCAGCAUCGUUUCAGUUGCCCAUGAUAUCGUAUAAGUGUGCUGACCACGCGGUGUCGGACAAGACGCUGUACCCGACGUUCGCUCGGACGUACCCUCCCGCCAAACAGGUGACCAAGUCGAUCAUCUCGCUCCUGCUGCACUUCAACUGGCGCAUGUACACCCUGGUGGCGGGAGACACGCACCAGCAGCAGACGAUAGCCGAUUACCUCAUAGAGUUGUCUACCCUGUACAACAUCACCCUCAACGACAGGCGCAACUACAGGGAACCGCACUACCCGCUCACGGUGGGCAACCCAUUUCCAGGAAUAGUGGACGCAACCUAUGUCGGCACUCGAGUGUACGUGUUUCUCGGCGACUUGAACGCCGUCGUCGACCUCAUGACGAACCUCUUCGACCGCGGUCUGCUCGACACCGGCGACUACGUCGUCAUCUACGUGGACCACAACACAUUCGACGAUGACGAGGAUGAGAGUCACAGAUACUUCAAACGAACCCUGGAUCCGUUCAAUGACACGCGGAAUGUGGAGGCGUCGCGAUCGCUCCUGGUGAUCACAUACAGCCCCCCGUCGAAACCGGCGCAGUACGAGUACUUCAAGAAGGAGGUCAACAAGUACAACCAGCUGGCGCCUUUCUACUUCCGGGAGCCAUUUGGAUACGGCAAGAAGAUUUCUGUCUACGCAGCCUAUCUGUACGAUGCUGUAAUUCUAUACGCACGAGCUCUGAGAUCUGUGUUGUCUGAAAAUGGAAGUAUGCUCAAUGGAACAGCCAUCAUCAACAAGAUCCGAGGGACGUCUUUCACCAGUAUCCAGGGUUACCUGUCUCAUAUUGAUGAAAAUGGCGAUGCUGAGGGAAACUACACGGUUCUCGCUCGCACCUGGUUCCCGUCAUACCACACCAACUACUCCAUGCGGCCCGUCGGCCACUUCCAGGUGAAUCGCCUGGGCAACAUUCCAGAAUUCCAUAUAUUCGAGAGCAAGAAAAUCUCCUGGAUCCAGGGACACCCUCCUGUUGAUGAACCAGAUUGUGGGUUUCUUGGUGAGCGAUGCAUUCCAGUAAAAGAUCAUAUCCUGGAAAUUUCAUCUGGAGUUGUUGGCGGCAUAAUUUUUGUUGUUAUUGUAAUACUACUUACAAUUUACAGAAACUGGCGUUACGAGCAGGAGAUAGCCGGGCUGCUGUGGAAGAUCGACAUCAGUCACCUGAAGACCGGACACAACAUCCUGGGGGAGAGCGAGAAGGCCAAGCGAGGCAGCAGAACGACCCUGUGCAGUCAGCACUCGUUCGAGUCUCGCCUGUCGUUCAACCAGAUGUACGCACAGACAGGGACCUACAAACACCAGCUGGUCGCCCUCAAGAUAUACGAGCUCAAGAACUUUGACAUCAACAGACAGAUGAAGAAAGACAUGAAGCUGAUGCGAGAUAUCCGACACGACAAGGUGAACACGUUUAUCGGGGCCUGUAUACACACUCCGUACUUCAUCCUCGUCACGGAAUACUGCACGAAGGGAAGCCUGCAGGAUAUCCUGGAGAACGAGGAUCUCAAGCUAGACAAUAUAUUUAUAGCAUCACUGAUUAGAGAUUUCCUACAGGGUAUUAUAUUCCUGCAAGAAACAGAGCUGAUGUACCACGGCAACCUGAAAAGCUCCAACUGUGUGGUCAACAGUCGCUGGACACUCCAACUGACCGACUUCUCGCUGCCUUACGUCCGCGCCUCCACCUACUCCAAAGAAGACGAACAUGCCUACUAUAGAAAUCUGUUGUGGAAAGCCCCAGAACUCUUACAAAGUGACCCCUUUAAAGGAUCUCAGAAAGCCGACGUGUACGCCUUUGGUAUAAUCCUACACGAGAUCUACGGAAGAGUUGGACCCUUCGGCUUCUGUGGUAUUUCACCCCAAGAGAUCAUCAAUAAGGUGAAGAUUCCGGACCAGGAGCCGUUUCGACCGGACACGGCGCCGCUGACGUGUGAGAGUUUUAUCAUCGUCUGUAUGCAGGAGUGCUGGAGUCAGUCGCCGGACGACCGGCCCGAUUUUAAAUCUGUCUGGAACAAACUCAAACUCAUGCGCACAGGAAUGAAACGAAACAUAUUCGACAACAUGUUGGCCAUUAUGGAGAAAUACCAAGAGAAUUUGGAGGAGUUAGUUGAAGAACGAACCGAGCAGCUGAUAGAGGAGAAGAAGAAGACAGAUGCCCUGCUACACAGGAUGCUUCCCAGUUCUGUCUCGGUACAGCUAAAACGCGGCGAGGCGGUAGUACCAGAAACCUUCCAGUCUGUGACCAUCUACUUCAGUGAUAUAUGUGGAUUCACCAAGCUCUCUGCAGAGAGUUCACCUAUGCAGGUCGUUGACCUUCUAAAUGAUCUCUACACGUUGUUUGACUCGAUCAUCGCACACUACGAUGUGUACAAGGUGGAGACGAUUGGCGACGCCUACAUGGUGGUCAGUGGUCUACCCAUCCGCAACGGCGACAACCACGCGGGGGAGAUCGCGUCCAUGUCGCUCGAACUGCUCAGUGCCAUCAAGAGUUUCAAACUACGUCACAAACCAGGCGACACUCUCAAGCUGCGGAUUGGGAUUCAUUCAGGCUCGUGUGUGGCUGGUGUGGUGGGCGUCACGAUGCCACGGUACACGCUGUUCGGGGACACGGUGAACACGGCGUCCAGGAUGGAGUCCAACGGGGAAGCCUUGAUGAUUCACAUCAGCGCCAGCUGUCGAGAUCUGCUCAACAAGCUGGGGGGAUACGAGACUGAGGAACGAGGUUACGUCACCAUGAAGGGAAAGGGUGACUUGCUGACAUACUGGUUGAUCGGCGAAAAUCCGGAAGUACGAAAAGUGAGGAUGUUUAACUGCAAUCGUGGGAAUUUCUCCACCUCAGCGAGCUGUGUCAGAAGUGAAUCCGUUAAACAUCGCUUUGCUAACAGCGUGAUUCGAUCAGGCCGAUGUGAUUCGCAAAAGCAGAUCAAUGGACCAACAGCGGAUGGUGGUGGUUCGUUGGAGGGAAAACAGCGCAAGCUGUUGAAAACCGACAACACUUUGCCUCUAGAAAACUCUUCCAGCCAUGCUCUCUGUUCAAGAUUCAGUUCUUGUAGGGAAGCGGCAAAGACGCCGAAGUCGUCUGCUCAUGAACGGAACUCAUCUGGUGAUCAUAUUUCCGGCCAGAUGGACCGUGCGUGUGAUUCGAAGGAUUCGUUGGUGAACUAUUGCCUAGACAACAUUCGACUAUACGUGCCUGAAAAACGUUCUGCCAACACUCACAAUUCUUGUUCCAAAUUUAGUUCAGAGUCUGGUGCGAGUCCAGAAAGAGAGGACUCGUUAAGUAUAUAUGAUAAUGAAUCUCCGGAAACGGAGAGCUUGUUAGAAAACGCCAAUCCGUCCAUAUUCAUGCCUCUUGAUCCUAAGAAAAGAAAAAUUAAUGGACGUCAUAUAGUGCCAAACGCCAAUGGACAUCCAGUGUGAUUUUUUGUUUCUUCCUUUUUCUCUUUUUUUUUUUUAAAGUCGGAACUAAAAUGUAGACAUACUUUCACAUUAUCUAGUAUUUAAAAACGAGUUUAUGUGUGGUAAAAUAAUGCCACACACACUUAUCUACCACAACUUACAUUUUCUUGGAUGUUAUUUUGUCAACAUUCUUGCUUAAUAUUUAAGCCUACAUUUAGUUACGCAGUUAUCAUACAUCCGUUUUUAGCCAAUUUCGUAACCAACGCCCAUUUCCUGUUUCUGCCAGCGAUUGUUCAGACAUCAGGUUACAAAUAGCUGACUGAAACAGUUUAUGUCUGCGAUGGCAUAGGUUUUGUGGGAUAUAUAAAUUUAAGAAUACAUUAACGGGUCUCCUCCUCCUCCUCCUCCAACUCCCCCACCCCGGUUCCUACGGCUGCACUUCUUGUAACGUUUCUCGUUGUAGGUCCUCAUUCGUAUUAAAGUUAUAGUAACAAAAUGUACGUAAAACACCCCUUCCCCAGUCCCCUCCAUCCAAAGAUUAUAAUAUUAAUAAAAUAAAUCUGAUUUAGAUUGUAAAAUGUCUAGAAUAAUAGUCUAUAUCUUGUAUACCUAUGCAGUUUUUUAAUCUGGUUUUGGAAGAGUUUUCUUUAAUGUUCAUUUCAGUUUUGUUUACUUCAUGUUUUACUUUUCUUUUUCGGGGGGCAAGAGGGAUAUUGAAUUUUGGUGGAAGGAGGGAUGGGAGUGAAGUCCUUUUUUUUUAAAUCGUUAUGUACUGACAAUCAAAAGAAAGCAUGCCGAACAAAUUUCUUUUUAAAAACAUAUUUUUGAGGGGAAGCAUGAAACAACAGAGAACCCUAAAACUCCUCUCACUAUAUAUAUCAUUCAAUUUUAACUUUUAGAGACGAUCAUUUUAUUUACUUAUUUCACGAAAUAUAACAUUGGCAUCAACUUUAUGCUUUGUGUCGUUUAUACAAAAAACUGAUUCAUAUCAUAUACUUUCUUUUGAUAGUCAUUUAUUUCACGAGUCGUUUCUCAUUUCCUUUGGUUCUAUUUUUCGUUACAAAAUGAAGUAAAAUUCUACAGAACGUGGUAUCGAGUCGAUACACUGAAUGAGAGAUUUAUUAAUCUCGGUCUCGCCCGUUUUAUAGAAUUGAGAGAUGUGUUUCGUUUACGUUUAACAAUGUUUACUCAUGUUUGAUGUUUUUACAAAUGUGUGAUUAAGAUGUAGCUGUAAA